UUGUCUUCUUCUUUCUUUUCCAGGCUGACAGAGUCGCCGCUGCGGAUCAGGAGACUUCGGCUCCGCUCGGAGAAACAGCAACGGACUGUAUGGUGAAGAACCGUUUACCCAUUUUACCUUUUUCUGGGGACCGGCUGUAUGAUUAAGCUACAAUCUUCAAUGAGUAAGCAUAUCCCACAGUUCUGUGGUGUUCUGGGUCACACAUUUAUGGAGUUUCUGAAGGGCAGUGGAGACUACUGCCAGGCUCAGCACGCUGCCUAUGCAGACGAGUGAACAGCCGAACUCGCCAUCGAUCCGACGCACUUGAGCCGCAAGAGGGACCCCGGGAAGUUGGCAGGACCGGGACGCCUCCCAGAACCAGCGACAACUCGGCCUGGAUGGGGUAACUCCACCCGCUGCACACUGCCCUCGUCGGCUUCCGCCUGGCCUGAAUCAAGGUGGAACCAGCCUUGUUUUUUUUGUUUUUCUUCCUUUUCUUUUGUUUUAUUGCGAAGCAGAGGGUUUUGAGUUGUUUCUCUGGUCGUCCGCCCUUUUUUCGGCCGCUCGCUCCCCAAAUUUGCCCGUCACAGCCUUCGUUUGUGUUCAGCCUCGCCAACCUCGACUGAAGACUGGAGGAUUUCUGUUUCUGGGUUUCUAGAAGCUAGCUGGACACGUUUUGUUUGACAUUCCCUCCGAGUUAAACUCAGUGUUUACAUUAGUGUUUUUAAAUCUGUGGAAGACUUUUGUUAUUUUUGCGUUGUCACCAUGGCUCGUAUGAACAGACCCGCCCCUGUGGAGAUCACCUACAAAAACAUGAGGUUCCUCAUUACCCACAAUCCCACCAACGCCACCCUGAACAAGUUCAUCGAGGAGCUGAAGAAGUACGGAGUGACCACCGUCGUGAGAGUUUGCGAGGCCACCUAUGAUGCCACCCUGGUGGUGAAAGAAGGAAUCCAAGUUCUGGAUUGGCCGUUUGACGAUGGAGCUCCUCCCUCCAACCAGAUCGUGGACGAUUGGCUGAACCUGCUGAAGCUGAAGUUCAGGGAGGAGCCCGGCUGCUGCAUCGCUGUCCACUGUGUGGCAGGGCUGGGGAGAGCUCCGGUUCUGGUGGCCCUCGCCUUGAUCGAAUGUGGGAUGAAAUAUGAAGAUGCUGUCCAGUUCAUUCGACAGAAGCGUCGAGGAGCGUUCAACAGCAAGCAGCUGUUCUACCUGGAGAAAUAUCGUCCAAAGAUGCGCCUGCGCUUCAAAGAUUCCAACGGCCAUCGCAAUAACUGCUGCAUCCAGUAGAGCCAAACCCUGAGCCACGCCAACCCCCCUCCCACAGCAGAAGAGUUCAGUUCAGCCUCGCGAGCUUCUUACCUGGCAGGUCGUUUCUUAUCUUUUCUUUCUUUUUUUUUCUUGUGUUGAAGUAUUUUAUCUUGAAAAACCAUGUGUUUACUGUCCCCUUCUUGCGCCGGGUUUGAAUUUAAGUGUCAAAAAAAAAAAGAAAAAAAGAAAAAACACAAACCAGUUUUCUCUUCAUGUGCCCAGAAAAAAAACCCAGAAAUGAGGCAGGGCAGCGCUGAGUCGUGUGUCGUAAGGAUGUUGGAUUACGUGUUUGUCUGCAUCCCAAAGAUUUUGAUUGGCCAGUUUACACAGCCUGAGAAUUAAAAAACACCCCGUUCACUGUUAGGGUUCUGUUUGGAGACUGACGAGAAAGAGGUAUGCCUUCCUUCAGAUCAGAUGGUUCAUCCCUAAAUGCCUUACAGUCGAAGUGGAACAAAGGCAAUCGAGGCGGGAGGCGUCGACUCUUGCCAGCAUUUGGAAGACGCGUUUGACUUUUCUACUCGAAACAAACAGAAAAAAAAACAAAACAAAAUCGUUGCCUUUGUCUCGUGCAGGAAGUCUUACACUCACUUAAGCCCUUCAGUAACUAUUUUUUAAUAUAAAAUGCUUAACUGUUGCAAUAUUUGUCAAUUGAAAGUCUAGGAACUUGUUUCGUUUCUUUAUCAAACCUUCUGUUUACUAAUUAACUGCCAUGUCCGAAAUGUGAUUAUUUUAUUUUUCUUUCUUUUUUUUUUUUUAUUUUAUUUUUUGGCUUCAAACUGGACUUCCAACGUCUGCGAUAUUUUGUAUGCCUUUUUAUUUGAUGUCUGUAACUUAAGACUUGGAUACUUGAUGAUUUUAUGUAUUUGAAAAUGUGUAUUAUUAUUAGGUUGGCUAUUUAUACUAUCAAUGGAUGUGUGAUUUAGUACCGUGAGCGACAAAAGUUGUACCUGUUCACCAACUUGUGAGAGUACAUUAAAUGAUACACUGAAAAACAA